AUGCAGAGCACUGUCAACUACCUGUGGCACACAAAUGACCUGCUGGGCCAGGGGGCCACUGCCAGCGUGUACAAGGCCCGCAACAAGAAAUCUGGGGAGCUGGUGGCUGUGAAGGUCUUCAACAAUGCCAGCUACCUUCGACCCCCUGAGGUGCAGAUGAGGGAGUUUGAGGUCCUGAGGAAGCUGAGCCACCAGAACAUUGUCAAGCUCUUUGCAGUGGAAGAGACGGGGGGCAGUCGGCAGAAGGUGCUGGUGAUGGAGUACUGCCCCAGCGGCAGCCUGCUGAGCGUGCUUGAGAGCCCAGAGAACGCCUUUGGGCUGCCUGAGGACGAGUUCCUGGUGGUCCUGCGCUGUGUGGUGGCUGGCAUGAACCACCUGCGGGAGAACGGCAUCGUCCACCGUGACAUCAAGCCUGGGAACAUCAUGCGCCUUCUGGGGAGGGAGGGCCAGAGCAUCUACAAGCUGACGGACUUCGGGGCUGCCAGGGAGCUGGAUGAUGAUGAGAAGUUUGUCUCUGUCUAUGGAACUGAGGAGUACCUGCAUCCAGAUAUGUAUGAGCGGGCAGUCCUUCGCAAGCCCCAGCAGAAGGCGUUUGGGGUGACGGUGGAUCUCUGGAGCAUUGGGGUGACCCUGUACCAUGCAGCCACUGGCAGCCUGCCCUUCAUCCCCUUUGGUGGGCCACGGCGCAACAAGGAGAUCAUGUACCGGAUCACCACAGAGAAGCCACCUGGAGCCAUUGCAGGCACUCAGCGGCGGGAAAACGGGCCCCUGGAGUGGAGCUACACCCUCCCCAUCACCUGCCGGCUGUCUAUGGGGCUGCAGAGCCAGCUAGUGCCGAUCCUGGCCAACAUCCUGGAGGCAGAGCAGGCCAAGUGCUGGGGCUUCGACCAGUUCUUUGCAGAGACCAGUAACAUUCUGCAGCGUGUCGUUGUCCAUGUCUUCUCGCUAUCCCAGGCAGUCCUCCACCACGUCUACAUCCAUGCCCACAACACGAUUGCCAUCUUUCUGGAGGCUGUGUAUGAGCAGACCAACGUGGCUCCCCGGCACCAGGAGUACCUCUUUGAGGGCCACCUCUGUGUCCUCGAGCCAAGCCUUCCAGCCCAGCACAUCACCCACACAACUGCAAGCAGCCCCCUGACCCUGUUCAGCAUGGCCAGUGAGAACCCCAAGGGGCUGGCCUUCAGGGACCCUGCUCUGGACAUCCCCAAGUUCAUUCCCAAAGUGGACCUGCAGUCAGAUUACAAUGCGGCCAAGGGCAUGUUGGGUGCUGGCUAUCAGGCCCUGUGGCUUGCACAGGCCCUGCUAGAUGGGCAGGAGAUGAUGCUUCAGGGGCUGUACUGGAUGGCGGAGGUGCUCCAGACCACAUGUAGGCGGACGCUGGAGGUCACACGGACAGCCCUCCUCUUCCUCAGCAGCAGCCUAGGCACUGAGAGGUACACCAGUGUGGCUGGGAGGCCUGAGAUCCAGGAGCUGAACAGGGCCACAGAGCUGAGGUCCAGGCUGCGAACUCUGGCUGAGGUCCUCUCCAGAUGUUCCCAAAAUAUCACAGAGACCCAGAUGAGCCUGAGAAACCUGAGCUCAGAGCUGGCGAAGAACCGGGAUCAGGUACAUGAGGACAGAAGCAUCCAACAGAUUCAGUGUUGUUUGGACAAGAUGCACCUCAUCUACAAACAGUUCAAGAAAUCCAGGAUGAGGCCAGGGCUUGGCUACAACGAGGAGCAGAUCCACAAGCUGGAUAAGGUGAAUUUUAGUCACUUAGCCAAAAGGCUCCUGCAGGUGUUCCAGGAGGAACGUGUGCAGAAGUAUCAGGCAGCUCUGGUCACGCAUGGCAAGCGGAUGAGGAUGGUACAUGAGACCAGGAACCACCUGCGUCUGGUUGGCUGCUCCGUGGCCGCCUGUAACACCGAAGCCCAAGGGGCCCAGGAGAGCCUCAGCAAGAUCCUUGACCGGCUGUUUCACCAGCUCCUUCCAGACAGAACAGGGGAGGCUCAGUCCUCACCAGCCCCCAUGGCUCCUUAUCCCAGCUGUGAACCGAAAGACCUAGUUCUCCACAUGCAGGAGCUUCACAAGGAGAUGAAGCUGCUUGCGUUUGAUCUUCAGGACAACAACCGUAUCAUUGAACGGUAA